GCCUCCACGCGGUGCAUUCUGGGUAACGCUAAAUGACCUGCGGCCUUCACGGCCAGUUAGACUACUACAGAUAUUUGACCCUGCAAUGACAUGGACUUUGAACAAAAUGACUGUUAUUGGAUUUGGUUGAUUCCUGGGCUGGUGGCCGAGGUAUUCCGUCACCUCAGUAUGUAGGGGUGACACCCUGCAGAAAUGGCUGGCGGGCUAAUGCUGAGGCUGCCUCCGUCCCGUUAAAACCCUGGCAGGCCUCAGAGUACGUUCCUCUCCCGUCAUCAUUAAGUUGGUGUGGUAGGUGCAGGUUGAGACGACUCCCUCUUUACGCUGGUCGGCUCUGAACGCAUAGCUUCAUAAAGGCGUGCGUCAACCCUCGCCUUGGCCUCGUAAUUGAGAUAACCUUGGGACUAUUAAAAGCGACUACUUAUCCGGGAGAAGGAUAGCGGCUCUGAGUGGGGACCCAUGAAACAUGAAUACUAAAAACUCAAAACAAAUAAACGAAGGAAAAGGUAGGUGGGGACCGGCCUAUUCCGAAUUGGAUAAUGUAUCAGGAUGGCUGUCAUUACCUAUGCGGACGGAACCGGUCUACGCAAGAGCUAAUGCAAAUAUUUCCACAGAAACGUGGCUUCUUCCCGCAAGAGGCGGUAAUUCAGUGGAAGGAAACUGGAGUUUGCCCACAAGUAAUGCAAGUAAGUUUGCCGUGCGAGACGAAAUGGCCAGCAGUAGCGGAGGAACCUCUGCUCCAAUUAGUAGUGGCUCGAGAACAUCAGCAAGCGCUAAGGGCCGCGGUAAGAAACACGUGUCAGAACGUAGAAAACUGAAAUCGGAUCGUCGCAUGGCAACCAAGAUUUUACAGCGCUAUGGUGGCAAAAACAUUAAGCAAGAAUCUGAGCAGCAUGCUAGCACUCUCGAGUGGGCUAAACGGGUGCUGAGCGGUAGAGAAAUCAAGCGAGCAAGAUCGAGAGAGGCCCAAUCUGCGCGUAAACGGCAUAGGUCGCAAGAGGAGGAAGCCUCCUUCAGCAAAAACGCACGGACAGGACCGGCACCUACGUUUAACGAAAACGCUAAACUCUUCGGUCCAAUAGAACUUGGUGUCUUUGACCGCAGCAGAGAAGAUGGAGCUAUUUCUCGAGAGGAGUGGAAGCGAGUAGCGGCGGCUAUAUCCGCGGUUUUUAUGAAAGUGGUCAGGAGAAAUCCUGGACCACCUCCAACGUGUGAAAGUGCCGGUUGGCAUUAUGGACUGCAUAAGCUAAUCAGAUGUGCCGACGAACGGUCGGCAUUCAUUUAUAAGGAAGCAGUAGCCAGAGUAGGCGAAAUUUGGCAGGGAGCAAGACUCGCGGCGGUUCCUAAAGAGGAUCUUCCACUCCGCCCACGAGCUCGCGUCUGGCUCCCAGCUGAACCUUCUAGUUCUGAAGAAAUUGAGGAGAUUUUGCGUUAUUGCAAUCCUUCACUACCCACUCACGACUGGAGGGUCAUCAGGUUAGAUUAUACUCAGAAACCGUAUCGGCAAGUGCUGUUACUCCUAAACAAGGAGUCGCUCGGUGCUCUUAAUCGCACAAAAGGAGUCGUUAGCUAUGGUUUCGAAAAAGUUGUUCUUGAAAUUUUACCGUGGGACGACAGGGAGGAUGACCCGCAAACUUCAGGUGCUGGAUUCGUCCUUGGUGCGAAUCUCUCACUUCUGGAGGAUGAAAAUCCUUCAGGUUAACCCUAUGCACACAAAGGACGAAUGCUUGCUUCGUCUAGAAAGAGACGAAGCCAACGUUGUCCUAAUUAAGGACAAGUAACCAUAGGUCGCUGGCGCCCAAAAAUAUAAAUAUAAUUAGAACUUGAUUUCGGGUCAGAAUUGAACCGAAAAUCGACACCACUAGCCUACAUUCCGCAUGACGACGACGUAGAAGCAUCUCCGGUUUUGCAAUUUCGGAUGCGAACUUGAGCUGCUUGGUCUGAGACCUGAGCAGAGACAUGCUAGAGAGAAAGCUGGUGAAAGGAAAUGUUAAAAUUUGCAUGAACAGUUAAACAAAUUGUAAUCCAAAUUGAAAGCGGGCUUCACAAGACCAAUCAGCAAUAUAUGGUGGAGAGCGGAAGUAUUUCAACAGCCUGUUUUUUUUUAUUACAUAUAUAAUGCUUCCUAAAGGAAUUGAUAGAAAUUUUGGCGGUGGUGAUGGAGACUUUAACUACUGAAACUACUGAAGUAAUCGAAAAAAUACUACUUCCGCUUAAUCAAUUGAUUAAGUUUGAAAUGCCGAAGUAAACGCCACCCACCGGAGUUUGAGUUGAGUUGAGUAAUUCAGGUCUCUUGGUCGUCGAAAUGAUAAGA